AUAUCUGAACGCUGAUUAGGAACGUGCCUUUAUAUUUAUAGAGCAAACGAUCAAAAAUAUUUUAAUUUAGCGUACAACGUCGUUGAGAAUGGUUGUUCCUCCGUUAUAAGUGAUAAAAUAAAUUUGUGAAAAUGUUAAUUAAAGGUUCGGUCUUCGCCCUAAUUAUUCUUACUGUUAAUGCAGGAAUUCCAUACGACCAAAUUGAAAUAAAAAUAAGUGACGAUGGAACGAGCACAUUUGAAAUUGAGAUAAAAAACGCAUUGACUACGACAAAGAAUUUUUUUGCCAGCGAUGAGGCUAAAAUACUAGCACAAGUUGGGGCGAAAAUUGUGGGCUUCAUUCCUUACAUAAACAUAGUAUCAGGCAUUCUACCUGCAUUGCAGAAAGUAUUGGCAUCCGAAAGUGAUUGGAAGGAAAUAUUAGCGAAGGCCAUACCUGAUCAAACACAACGGGCGCUAGCUGAAAACGAUAUUCGUAAUAUAGAAGCUGCUAUGCAAACUGUUAGCGGAAACAUUGAAUUCUUGAAAAAUGGAGAUGAUUUCUCAUCUGAAAGUAAAAUUGCCAUUGUCCAUAUCAUCCACACUGAGCUUGACAAAAUAGUCAAUAAAUUUACUGAUGAGCGAGCAAUCUUCAGGAGAUAUCCUUUGAUUUCCGUUCCACCACUAUUUCUUCUGUCGUCUUUCAUCUCCGUGUUUGAUCCCAUCAAAAAUGUUAUUGUACCCGCGCUAGCACGUUUAUCGCACACAUCAUGCAAAUUGAGCGAUACUUUGAAAGAAUAUCGAUCGAUCGCCAUUCGUGGACGAUUAGAGAAAGUUUCUGUCGUUGAUCAAUUGGGUACAGCAUUCGAGAUUCAGAACAAUUUAUUGGAAUUAUUGAAUAGACCGUACAAUGAGUACGGAUAUAACCAAACUAAUUCUGGAGAAAUAGCGUGUCAAUCGAAGGGAUGUAACUUUGAUCCAAAUUUCAAAUAUCGUCAGGGUUGCGUUCAUGACAGUGUCGAUGCAACCGAAUACUAUGCUGGGAAUGCUGUUGUAAUGUAUGGAUGUGUCGUAGGCUAUUUAGAACUGGUCAGAUAUCGAACAGAACGUGCAUUUAUCGAUCCAAUGUAUUUAGUGGGUCGAACUUGCAGUGAGGCUGUACGCAACCGACCACGAACCGUAACAGGAAACGGCUGGCUGACUCUUACAAUCAUUAGAGUUUCUGCACAUCAGUUAAUUGAUGGUUCGAGCUGCGACACCUUUGAUUUCUGUGAUCCAUACGUAAAGGUGUCCAUUGAGGGUCACCACGUUUUUACCACUUCAAAGAAAAGUAAUGCGCCGGAGGCGACCUUUUUUGAAACGUUUAAAACAUCAAGGGUUCAGAAAACAGCAAAAAUAACACUUGAAAUGUGGGACGAUGAUUCCGGAUUUCUGGGUUCGCCUGACGAUUUGAUGCUACGAGCAGACACAACCAUUGGUGAAUUGCUAACACAAGACGCUUUGAGACAUGGCGAAAAUACUAUUUUCAUAAGUACUCAGUGGAAGGACGAAUAUGAAAACUAUUGAAUUUGAAAAUCAUUGAAAUAAAU